UAACGAGGGUAGUAUAAAAUAAAUAAGUAAGAAUAUUAUUCUUUGGGUUUAGUGGUCAGUUCAAUAGUGUUCGUUCGUUGAGUCUGUAUUUAGUGGUAACUUAAUUAAAACACAUUUUAUAAAAAUGGAAGACGCACCUAAAUUAUCAAAAAAGCAAAAGUCAUCAAUGUGGACAUACUUUGAUAAAAGUGAAAAUGGAAGCCAAAUUAAAUGUAAAAUAUGCAAGCGUGAAUAUAAGUAUUGUAACAAUACAUCGAAUAUGAAGGAUCACCUCCAUCGAAAGCAUCCUGAAAUGUUACUGAAUAUGUCGAUUUCUCAGAACGAAAAAUGCGAAGUGGAAAAUCUGGAAAGACUACCUAGAAAGUAAAAUACUGUCAUAAUUCGUCCAGAAAGAAGAUGUUAGAUGAAUUAUUUGUAAAAAUGAUUGCAUUAGAUAUGGAGCCCCUUCGCUUAUCUGAGCGGGAAGGGAUUAAAGAAUUUGUCGCAGGGUUAGAUUCGCGGUACGAAUUGCCAGGAAGAUCAACAGUGACUGCAAAUCUUUCAAAAUUAUUUAUGAAAAUGAAAAUUCAAUUGUUGAAAAUUGUUGAAGGGACCCGUUAUGUAGCGAUUACUGCGGACACCUGGACUUCCAUGAGCAAUCAAGGCAUUCUUGCAUUGACUUGCCAUUUUCUCAAGGCAAACCAACUGAUAUCUGCUUUACUGGCUGCAAAAGUUGUCGAAGGGCAUCAUAAUGCUGACAAUUUAGCUUCCGUUAUUUCAUCGAUUUUAGAAGAGUGGAACUGUCGCAACAAAGUGGUUGCCAUUGUCACGGAUAAUGCACCCGUAAUGAUAAAAGUAGCAGAAAAUCUAAAAAUACGCCAUGUUCCUUGUUUUGCACACAAUUUAAAUUUAAUUAUCAAAGAUGCUCUUCAAAACGUUGAAAAAUUGAAAGCUUUACUUGAUAAAUGUAAAGCUAUUGUUACCUAUUUUAGACACAGUACGUUAGCCUCCGACAAACUAAAGAUAAUUCAACGAGACCUGAAUAAAAAAGAAUUGAAAUUAAUACAGCAUGUUGAUACCAGGUGGAACAGCUCUUUACAUAUGCUAAGUCGGAUAAAGGAAGUGCGCGACGAAUUAACGCUCGCUCUUAAUCAAAAUCCUAAUGCACCGCCGAACCUAACUGCAGAUGAAUACACUUACUUAGGCGAAGUCGAAAACAUAUUUGAGCCCAUUGAAUCUGCAACGGAAGCCAUAUCUGGUGAGGAAUAUGUUAAAUUAUCGUUGAUAAUUCCGCUAAUAAAAGGAAUCUUACUACAUUUUGCUACGCUGGAAAAGGAACCGAUGUCAGAUUUUGCAAGAGCUGUCCUAGAAAAUAUAAAAAUAUCAGUAGCCUCAAAAUUGAAGCCGUAUGAAAAGAGAUCUCCUUGCAUUAUAUCAACGCUAUUAAAUCCACAUUUUAAAAAAAUGGGUUUUAGGACUGACGCUGAUGUUGACAGGGCAAUUCAAUUUGUCCAAAAAGAAUAUUCAUCAUAUUUGGCAACAUUGGAUAAAGCGUCAUCGCCCCCAUGCCCAGAUGGAAACUAUGAUCUAGAAAGUUCAUCAGAGGGAAUGCUAGUUCCGCACAAAAAAUCAAAACGUAGCGAUUUGCUUUCAUAUCUUCAACCUCAAAGUCAAACAAGCAACACAAAUCCCACUGCAGACGCAAUUGUUGACAUAAGGCAAUAUGUUGAGAAACCCAUCAUACCCAGAUCUAGUUAUCCCAUAGAGUAUUGGUCAUUUAGUCAAAGUAAUUUGAAGCAUAUUGCAUUAAAAUUCUUAUGUAUACCUGGAAGCUCAACACUAGCGGAAAGAGUUUUUUCAAAGACUGGACAAAUAGUAAUUGAACGUCGUAAUCGUUUAUCAGGCGACUACAUAAACGAACUACUUUUUAUAAAUCAAAACAACAAAAUUCUCAAAAAGUAGUUAUAUUUAUUAAGUAAACACGGCAUUGAUUCAAAUAUUAUUUUAAUUAUGACGAUUUAUAUUUUUUGUGAUCCACUUUAUGAUUGAAAUUUAUUUGUAAAUCUAAAUGGUAGAUUAGUGAUUGAAACUUGAACUUCAUUCACUAAUCUGUUUGAAAAUUUUCUAUUACUUUUUAAAUUUCAGCCAUUAAUUUAAUUUUUUUAGACGGGGGUAGUUUUUUAAUUUCUUCAGCUACUAUAUUACCAAAAUGGUAGUGAACAGAUGAUUUGUUAUUUACAUUUUUUG